ACACGUUGAAGUCCCCUUCUAACGGACACUAAAACCCUAACCCAAAACGCCCGCAUCCGAUCAGUUCAAGCUCUGGUGAGAUGCCAACGUAAAAGGGCAAAAAUCAAAACCCUAGAAAACCUUCGUUGAGAUCGAAAUCAUGGAGGUCGGUUCGUCUCAGUCUCAACCCCAGUCCACAAAGCAAAAGGCCGAUGCUUUACAAUCUCUCUCCGGUCCUUUUUCCUCUUCGAUAGCAAAGCUUUCGGGUUCUUCUCGAGGCAUACCACCCAAUAAAGAUUUUCACUUUUAUUACAACUUUAACGAGUUCAAUGCCCCGAUUACAGAAAUUGCCGAUACAUCGCAAUUAAUGCUCGAUACAAUCGGGUAUUCAUCGCAUUUAUGGGGCAAAGAAAUGGCCUUUCCUGAUGAAUUUGAUGAUGUGUACGACUGGCUUGUCAAUGUGAACGAUGAGUUGUUUGAGAGGUUUGAUGUGUCUGCGGAUGAGUUUGAGAAGUUGAGGAAGCAAGAAGAGGAAAGAGGGUCGAAAUUGAUGAGUUCGGUGGAUUCGGAAAGUGGGUUUCAGUUGGUUUAUGGGAAGAAGAAAGGGUUGAAUCGGUUGAUGGAGAAAGAUUUGAGUUCUUCGUCGUCGUCUUCGGCUGUGAAGGUGGCUUCUAGGGAUAGGAAAACGAUGGGGACGAAGCAAAAGAUUCCAUUUCAUAUACCCACAAUUCCGCGGCCUCAGGACAUGUUUAAGAUAGUUGUUAAUAAUUCAAAUCAGCCAUUUGAUCAUGUUUGGUUGCAGAGGAGUGAGGAUGGGUCUAGGGUUAUACAUCCACAGGAGAAAUUUUCUGCUUUGGAUUUUGUUGACAAAAAUGUUGUUGAGCCUGUGAAACCACCUCCAACUGAGUCUACUUCAUUCAAGCUUGUGGAAGAAGUCAAAGAUUUGAAGGAGUUAGCUGCAAAAUUACGUGGUGUGAAUGAAUUUGCGGUUGAUUUGGAACAUAAUCAUUAUCGAUCUUUUCAAGGGUUGACUUGUCUGAUGCAAGUCUCAACUAGAACUGAGGAUUUUGUCGUUGAUACGCUAAAGCUUCGCAUUCAUAUUGGUCCUCAUCUGAGGGAAGUUUUCAAAGAUCCUAUGAAGAAAAAGGUCAUGCAUGGAGCGGAUCAUGAUAUAAUGUGGCUCCAAAGGGACUUUGGCAUAUAUGUCUGCAAUAUGUUCGACACUGGGCAGGCCUCAAGAGUAUUGAAAUUGGAAAGAAAUAGUCUGGAGUAUCUUCUGUCUCACUUUUGUGGAGUUACCGCUAACAAAGAAUACCAGAAUGCAGAUUGGAGACUUCGCCCUCUACCUGAUGAGAUGCUCAGAUAUGCCAGAGAAGACACACACUACCUGUUGCAUAUUUAUGAUUUAAUGAGAAUCAGGUUGCUUUCUGCAUCGACUGAGUCUGAAGAUUCUGAUGAACCGCUGGUGGAGGUCUACAAGCGCAGUUAUGAUUUAUGCAUGCGGCUUUAUGAAAAAGAACUUUUGACAGAUAGUUCAUAUCUCUACAUAUAUGGUUUGCAGGGCGCUGGUUUCAAUGCCCAGCAGCUUGCGAUUGUUGCAGCACUUUGUGAAUGGAGAGAUGUUGUUGCCCGUGCAGAGGAUGAAAGUACUGGUUAUGUAUUGCCAAACAAAACUCUUCUUGAUAUUGCCAAACAGAAGCCUGUCACCACCAACAUGCUACGCCAUUUGGUGAAAUCAAAGCACCCAUAUGUAGAUCGCAAUCUUGGUUCCAUUGUCAGCAUCAUUAGGCAUUCAAUGCAGAAUGCUGCUGCAUUUGAAGCUGCUGCAGAGCUUCUAAAGGAGGUUCGCGUGGAAACGGCAUCUGAAGAAAACACGGUGUCUGCAGAUGGAAAUGAAACCCAACUUCCUGAAUCUCCUGCAAGAUUAACCACAACAGCGACAGAAAGUAUAGGUGGUGGCAUUUCAAUAAAUGAUAGCAUGACUAGAAACCCCCCAGGUUCUGUGCAUGUUAAGGAGUCUUUGGAACUUGGAAGCCGAACUGCUGGAAUUUGCAGAAAUGGACAAGAAAAUUCUUCACAUUUAGGUGCUCAAGCAACUGUUCAGGUGCUAAAGAAGCCAAGCCGUGCUUUUGGGGCAAUGCUGGGGAAUUCUACAGCAAAGAGGAAGUUUGAUUCCGAUAAAAAGGAAGAGGAAGAGCUCAAGUUGGGGCAGAUCAAAUCUUCAGUAAGCCUUCCAUUUCAUUCAUUUGUGGCCAGUGCAGAGCAGUCACAACCAGUUGUAAAAGAGCCUGCUAAAGUAUCAGAAAGUAUGCUUCACGAAGAACCUUCUUCCGUCAAAGCCAAAAGCUCUAACUCGGAUGAUGUUAUACUGAUUGGCAAUGACGCAAGUAUGAAUCAUGAUGAACCUUCUGCUCUUCACCCCUCAAGCUCUAAUUUGGAUGAUUUUAUAUUGAUAGAAGAUGACGAAAAUGUUGAGGAAGCAAUAACUGGCGAAAUAAAAAACGAACAGUUGGAGGACAGGGAAGACAAAACUCUAGGGUCUGAUCCUGAAAUGGGCGAGGAAGAUGAUGAGACCAUGUCUCUCUGCGAUCUAUCCUCCAGCUUUCAAGAGUGUUUCAAGUCAACAAAUCAAACAAGUAAACCCAAGCAAGCAGAGCAGUCCAAAGAAUCUGGUGGGUUUUUGCAGUUGAAACCAUUUGAUUACGAAGCUGCAAGGAAAGAGUUUAGGUUUGGGGAAGAUCGGAAAGCGAAAAAGGGGGAAGAGGGCGAUGAGGGUCAUAGGAAUAAUAGUAGACUUGAUAAAGUGGAUAGGAAAAAGAGUUCAGUUGCUGGUCAUUCCCGUAAUGAUGAACGAACUGGAGAUUUUGCGCAGGGUAGAAGGCGCCAGGCUUUUCCAGCAACCGGGAACCGAAGUGCAACUUUUCGUAGCAGCAGGUCGUAGUUAGUUUCAUGAUAAUCACUCAUCAGAAAAAGAAAAAGGAUGAGUAUGUUUUGUUGAUUCAUUGUUGCAAAAUGAAAAUUGAAAUCCUUUUUAAGAUCUGUCGAGCAUGAAUCAAAAGAAUUUAAGCUUGUGCACUGGUAACCAUUUAAUUAGCGUUAAUGGUCAUAAUGUUGCUUAUGUGGAGAUGAUAAUUUUGUAGAGGCACUAAAGUUCUCCUGCCACGGGGCGGCUUGCAUUUCUUGGAUUCUGAAAUUGAGAUGUGGUGAAGUUGUUUCUUGUUUGA